AAGUAGAGGAGGAAGUGGAACAAAACCAAGGAUCUGUUGCAAUCCAAGUAGUAGUUACGGAGUUAGAAAACAUUGAUUAUGAUGAAAAAGAAACUCUGCUUAAAGUAGAGGAGGAAGUGGAACAAAACCAAGGAUCUGUUGCAAUCCAAGUAGUAGUUACGGAGUUAGAAAACAUUGAUUAUGAUGAAAAAGAAACUCUGCUUAUACAGGCGGUAAUUGAGAACAUUGAUUAUGAAGAAAAAAAUUUACCAGAAUGGGAUGGUCCGUCUUUAAAUGGAUCCAGAAACUGGACUAGUGAAGAAAUAAAAAUCCUAUUGAAAUGA